AUGGCUCCAAUCGAUUUGCGCCUCGCUGCUCGAGCAUCUGGGGGCGAUAGUUGUCCAAGUACGAUAUCCGGUGGCGCCAUAGCUGGUAUUGUGAUCGGAUCUAUUGCUGGCACCCUUCUUCUCAUCUGGAUAUGGCAUGUUUGUCGACUACCCGGAGCAUUUAGUGGUGGCCGUGAACCAGACGUCGGAUAUCGUCCCCCAGUGACUCGCACCCGAGGCCGGAGAAGAAGAAGUACUGGGUCAUACGUCGAUGUUGUUGAGAAACCUAUCAGCACGCGCAGUUCACGGAGAUACCGAGAUGAUGUCCGACACCCACCCAGAGUCUAUGUCAGUGACCGGGUAUGA